AUGGAGAAGGCCGGGAUGAUUCUGGCUUUUGAUCUCCUUCUCCUCCUUCACCUUAACCUCCAUUUAGAUCCAGCAAGAGCAGCCUUUGGCGUCGGCGGUGACAUUGGCGUCGGUGUAGGUGUUGGCGGCGGCGGCGGCGGCGGAGUGGUAUGGGUUGGCGCCGGCGGGAGUAACGGUUCUCCGGGGCAGUCGGGGCCUUCUUCAGUGCCGAGGCAAGACAAAGCCUACGCGGCUCUCCAGGCAUGGAAAGCCGCGAUUACAGACGACCCACUGAGGAUUCUGGAGAGUUGGAAUGGUUCGAAUGUGUGUUCUUAUAAAGGGGUGUUUUGUGCGAAUCCCGAGGAUGCUUCCGGUGAGCUUGUGGUGGCGGGAAUAGAUCUCAACCACGCGAAUCUUAGAGGAAGUCUCGUGAAAGAGCUCUCUUUACUCACCGAAAUGUCUCUUCUCCAUCUCAACAGCAACAGAUUUACAGGUACAGUUCCUGAUACGUUCAGAGACCUCUCUUCUCUUGAGGAAUUAGACCUCAGCAACAACCAACUCUCAGGCCCUUUCCCCUCGGUGACCUUGUCAAUGCCCAGUCUGGUUUACUUGGACCUCAGAUUCAACUCUUUCUCCGGACCCCUCCCUGAUGAUCUUUUCAACAAGAAUCUGGAUGCUAUUUUUCUCAACAACAAUCAAUUUGAAGGCGAAAUUCCCCAAAAUUUGGGCAAUUCCCCUGCUUCCGUCAUAAAUUUAGCUAACAACAAGUUCAGUGGAAGCAUCCCUGCGAGUUUCGGCUUCAUGGGUUCUAAGCUGAAGGAGAUUCUCUUCCUCAAUAACCAGCUAACAGGGUGCAUUCCUGAAGGGGUUGGGAUCUUCACGCAGAUGCAAGUUCUGGAUGUCAGCUACAAUUCAUUGAUGGGUCACUUGCCAGAUACAAUGUCUUGCCUGCAAGACAUGGAAGUUCUGAAUUUGGCGCACAACAAGCUUUCUGGGGAGUUAUCGGACGUGAUCUGCUCUCUGAGAAACCUUUUGAAUCUCACGGUUGCCUAUAAUUUCUUUUCCGGGUUCAGCCAGCAAUGCUCGAGGCUGUUCGUCAGGAAUGUGGGUUUUGAUUUCUCAGACAAUUGCAUUCCCGGGAGGGACAUGCAGAGACCUCAACCAGAGUGUUCUGUGAUCCCUGGUGGCAGCUUAAAUUGUCUCAGAAUCCCAACUCCGAAGCUUGUUUGUGGUUCGCUUGGCGUCGGUCUCUCCAAGCGCGCUCAUAUCAGCCCAUCUUCUUCGCCUUGAUAUUUUACCCCAUGGUUACAGGUUGGCCGUGGCCAUGGCAGUUCUGUUAAUUAAUGCUAGCAAUUAUGAUUCUACCUUGCUAAUUUAAUUCUUCAUGGAUCCGGUGUA